AUGCAAAUUUCCGCAAUCACAAUGUUUACCGAUCUCUCUAGCAGCAGGUCAAAGUCAACUACAGAAGAAGCUAUAAAGAAUCAAAACGACUUAGCGUUAAUCCUUUCGCAGCGUCUCUUCUCUACUGAAGCCAAGCAACACUCGAACACCGUUUUCUCGCCGGCGUCGAUCAACGCCGCUCUCACUUUGGCGGCCUCUGGUCCCGUCGUUACUGAACUCCCCAAGGAUCUCCUUUCCAAGGAGAUCCUCUCCUUCCUGAGGUCUUCUUCAAUCGAAGAGCUCAACGCCGUCCUCAGCGAGAUCGUUUCCGUCGUCUUUGCGGACCAUAGCGCGAACGGCGGUCCGAAGAUCUCGUCGGUCAAUGGCGUCUGGAUCGAGCAAUCGCUACCGAUUGAUCAUUCAUCUUUCAAGGUUCUCUUUGAGAAAAACUUCAAGGCUAGUUUCGAUCGCGUAGACUUCCGAUCAAAGGUAACCUAA